AAGCUGCAAGGGAAAGAUCGCUCUACAAGCAAACGAGCACCCAUCGAAUGGACAACCGAGGAUGAAAAGACCAGACAACACAUCUAUCAGCAAAUUGAAAGACAAAUCGUAUUAGCAAAUCCGAACCCAAAUGAAGGAUACACGUUAUUUACGGAUGCUUGUAAUACAGGCAUUGGAGCUGUGCUCACGCAAGAGCAUAAGAUAAUCGGAAUAUACAGCAAGAAACUGUUACCGGCGGAAACUCGUUAUACUACUGAAGAGCAGGAACUGUUCGCGGUACUGUGUGCGUUAAGACAUUUUAAGGCAUUUGUACUAGGACGUCCGGUGAAAGUAUUUACGGACCAUAAGAACCUACUAGCCUUCAGAGACUUUAACACGUCUCGAGCAGAGCGCUGGAAGAUGGAACUGAUGGAAUAUGAUGUAAAUUUACAUUAUGUACCCGGCAAGCAGAAUUUAUUAGCGGACUACUUGUCACGAGCAGAAAACAAACUGUACGUGAUGCAACUCUUACCCGAGCAACAAAUGAAGAUUAUCCAGCCCAAAAUGUCCGAAAGUGACAAAAUACAUGCAGCACACGCCAAAGUCAUGAAGACGAUGGCAUAG